UUCAAAUUUUCAUGUCAGGUCCCGACGCCAAAAAAUCCCCUCCCGAUCUAUCGAAGAAGAAGGAGUCACUACAGAGGCUUACAGACCAAAGACGUGCUAAAGCUUGGGAAGUACACCGCUGGCCUUUAGUAAAGAUGGUGGCAAGCAAACGGACAAGGAUACAUUUGCCUACGUCGUACAUGGCUAAGGACGGAGAAACAACACAAAUUGUUUAUCCAGGCUCGGAUAUCAAUCAGCUGGUGCAUACCCAUUAUUUGGGGAGAUGGGAUGGCGGAGGGGUAUCUGCAAACUUUGUACAUGCGGACGAGAUCGAUUCCAAACGGCAUGAAUAUCUAGGCCCAGAUCCGCGAGUUGCUGGAUACUGGUUUGAUGAUGAUGACGAGAUCCAUGUAAAGUGGUGGGAUGGAUUUUUGAAGGAUCAGUGGAUCGAUAAAGAGAAAUGGCGUGUCGAGGCAGUUUGGGACGGUGAAAUAUGGGCGGAAAAGUUACAGUGAAU